UCGUGAUCGCGGUUUGUAGGUUACUCUGUGAUCGAAGGCGGCGCCGGCUAGAACUUGGAAGGGGAGAGACUAGGAGGAUGGGGAAGACGCCGGUGCGGAUGAAGGCGGUGGUGUACGCUCUAUCGCCGUUCCAACAGAAGGUGAUGCCCGGGCUCUGGAAGGAUCUCCCUGGAAAGAUCCACCACAAGGUCUCCGAGAACUGGCUCAGCGCCACGCUCCUCCUCGCCCCGAUCAUCGGAACCUACAGUUAUGCCCAGUACUAUAUGGAGAAGGAGAAGUUGGAACACAGGUACUAAGGAUGAUAUGGCUUUUGGUGAAUUCAAUCCACUCAGAAAGGUGUUUUGAGAGUUAUUUUGCAGUCCCUUGAAUUGUAAACUUCAAAACAGAAAAUUACUGUAAUGUCAGAGGAUUGAUCUGCUUCGCUUGCAAAUAAUCUGAGAAUCUGAACUCGGUUUAUUAGUCUCUUGUUACAGUUUCCGGAAUAAAGUUGAUGUUUCACAAUA